UGAUGGAUAUAUCGCCAAAGCAAGUUCUUUCCGGGAUGCGUUCCAUAACCCCAAACCAACCAACCACACUACUCCACCACGCUUUCAGCGAUUCUCCCCCUUCGAAUUCCUUUAGUACAAAUACGCAGCCGACUCUCAUCUUUCAGUUCCAUCCCAAGAACAACGCUUACACAAGAGCUAGCCAUGGUUCCGGAGCUUGAGAAAGCUCGAGUGACGGAGCUGCAUGUCCGAAUGGACUGCCGUGGCUGCGUGCAGAAGAUCAAGAAGGCACUGCACAGCAUCGACGGAAUUUUCAGCACGAACAUCGACUUAGCCAGUCAAAAGCUGACGGUGGUGGGCACGGCCGAGCCAGAGGCGAUCGUGAAGGCCAUCAAGAAGGCGAGGAAGAUUGCGACGGUCUGCUCGCACACGGAACCGGCCGGUGAGGCCACCGGAGGAGCAGCAGAGCCAGCAGCAGCACCGCCGCCUCCGGCAGCUGAGCCACCGGCGAACCAGCCUCCGGCGGAGUCUGAGACAACGCCACCCAAGGAAGAGGCACCACCUUCACAAGGCCAGGCUGCAGCCCCCGAGGUGAAAGAGGCAGUACCCGGCGAGCCCAAGGAGGUGGGCGCGAUCAUCCCCGUAGUCCAUCACUAUCCUUACGAUCGCAUCCCAAAUUACUAUCACUACAACGACCACUGCUACUACCCUUUUCCUCGGAGAUAUGAGCCUCCUGACUAUGCAUAUAGCGGUUAUAGUCACUACAGGACCUCGCCUUAUGCUCUGCCGCAGCGUGUUCGCUACAUCCAGGAUGGUGUCGCCGGAGACGACUACAGUUAUGGUGGCAAUUACCGCCGUGGAGGAGGAGAAGUCUGCGUCUUCAGUGAGGAAAAUCCGAAUGCGUGCACCAUCGUGUAACGGUUGAAGAAUCGGAGGCAUGUCUUCCUAGCCACAGCAAGCGAAGUGAUGGAGAUGACUUUUUUUCAAGUUCUCUCUGUCUAAUUUCUUGUACACUGCACUAUUUUUGUCUUUUAAAUCUGAAUUAAAUAACAUCGAAUAGAGGAAGCAGAAGGACAACUUUAUCGAGAUUUAAUUAUGAGCUGCAGAGGAAAUUGUCAAUAAACAAAACAAACCAGUU